UAGCCCUUAUAAGUGCUACGUGGACAGAAGGAGCGUGUGUGUGUGUGUGUGUUUGACGUGCUAACGAGGCUGAAAUAAACGUUCAGCACUACAACAGCUGGGACUGUCUGGACCUUAAGGUGUGACAUAGGCAUGGUACCUGGUGACACGUGUCAGAUACCUUUCCAAGGUACCUCUCUAUAAUCCACACAUGUUUCAAAAAAAGAUCCUAAUAUAUCAUGUGACUCACCUAAAAUGGAUUACUCGAUCAUCCAAUUAACAUACUAGCAGGAUAUAAUUGCUGGUGGCAGAAACGAAUGAAGUCACGUAUUCCAUCAUAUACAUUGGAUAACAUUAGAGCAAGGGUUUAGUACAGCAACAAUUACAGACUUUUAAAAAGGUUAUGGACGACAAGAGAUGUCAUGUACCAGAGGUCACUGUCACCAGGGCAUCCUCAAGAAGUGUCAAAUUUGACCUGAGGCCAGAAAGCGACAUGUCUAGUCAAUCGAGUCCCAGAAGAAGUUCCACAAAAGACUCAUCCCCGCAAAGGAACGCUAGGAGAAGCUCCAUAAAGGACACCUCGCCCAAGAGAAGCACGAGCAAGGACACCUCGCCACGAAGAGGUUCCACUAAAGACGUAUCUGGCAGGAGAGGCUCCUCCUUCUCUCCAUCCAAGUUGUCUCCAAAAGUAUCCCCGACGAAUCGCAGGAAAUCAAGUCUCAAGAACUCGCCUUCUCCAGACAGGGCGAAGGGUGGAAGUGGAGCCGUGACCCGGAAGUCUCUCUCGCCAGUCAAGUCGGGAUUAGCAAAUAGAAAACGGUCCCCAUCUCUUUCCAAAACUCUGUCGAGCAAAAGUCUGAUCAAAGACCAAAGCGCUGCUAGUUCUAGGGAUGACAAAAAGAUCCGACCUCCAUCCAUUCCACAGCCAGAGUUAACAGCGUCUGGACUGAAAAUCAUUGACUGGUCUGGACAGGGGAUGACCAGCAUACCUUUCAAUCUCCUUAACCCCAAGGACACGGUAGGCGAGCUGAAUGUAUCCUCUAACAACAUCCGGUCCGUCUCCACUGAGAUACGGAACAUGAAGAAGCUAGAGAAGCUGGAUCUGUCCAAGAACGGGAUCCGAUGCUCCAGCAGCACUGACUUUGGCGGCCUGCCCGCGGAGAUGGCUCAGUUGACGUGCUUAACAGAGCUAAACAUAGCUGAGUGCAACCUGCCCUUCAUACCACCAGCCAUCUUCAGAAUAAGCAGUCUGAAAGUACUCAACCUGAGUAGAAAUAAGGUGAACAUUUUAUUGCCGGAGAUAGGACAGCUGACCAAACUUGUCCAGCUCAACUUACAACAGACCAACAUCACUUCCUUGCCCCCAGAGAUUGCCCAAUGUCUGGAUCUAGAGGAAGUUUACCUCUGGGGCAACUCCAUUGAAACAUUGCCUGACACACUCUCCAGGUUGACAAAAUUGAGAGUCCUGGCUCUUAACUAUAGGAGUUUUUGCAGUGUAGUAAAUACACCUUACAUGGAAGGUCUUCUAAGGAAAGGUCAGAUCAAAUCAGAGCACAUCCCAGCAGUAGUCUUUGAGAUGGCAGGCCUACAGGUCCUGGACCUGGAGAACACCAAGCUGAACAGCCUCCCUUACAUGGCCAACACAAACCUGGAAGAACUCUACCUGAGCAAGAACUUUCUACAGACAAUACCAGACAGCAUUUAUAACCUUCAAAUGUUGAAAAUUCUGGACCUGUCUCACAAUCAGUUGACAGAGUUCCAUGAAGACAUUGGCAGACUCAAAAGUUUAAAAGUGUUGAGGAUGGCCUGCAAUAAGCUAGACUUAAUUCCUAGAACUAUUGCUAACAUGGAACAUUUGGAAGAGCUAAACCUGGCUGAGAACAACAUCACCAUCAUUCCUCCAGAAAUCAGAUAUUUACAAGCCCUGAAAAUUCUAGUACUUGAACAAAACAGUAUUAUCCUUCUGCCUGAUGAAUUCUGUGAACUUACUCAGCUCCACACUCUUGACCUCACCAGUAAUAAGAUUAGAACACUGCCCAUGGAAUUACAUCGCCUAAAAGGACUAACCCAGGCCCAUGUUUACCACCAAUUGGUCAAGGCUGGCCUGUGGCUGUACAAAAAUCCCCUGGAGCAGCCACCACCAGAGAUAUGGAGAACAGACAAGCCAGAAAACAUCUUUAAGUAUCUUAAGAAACUGAUGAUUAUCAAGACAGAGAAUCUUCAGCGCCAAAAGAUUAUGCUUCUUGGAGAAAGCCAGUGUGGAAAGACAAGCCUUGCCCAUGUGCUGUCUCAGAGAAAGCCAAAGCUGAGUGAUGGGGUAAGGGAGAAGACAAGAAUACUGAAGCAAACAAUCUGGAAAACAGAAAACAAUGUGGAGUUUGUUCUGAAUGACUUUGGUGGAGACAUAGUUUAUAGGACUCUUUACAAAUUAUUUUUAGACAGCAAGGCGUUAGUUCUUCUUGUGUACAAUGCUGCCACUUUUAAUGAGAACCGAUUCUACGAUGCCAUUGGCCAGUGGUUAGAUAUGUUGAGGGCCAGCUGUCCAGGGGUUGUGGUCAAAGUAAUUGGUGCACAGGUGGACUUGCUUCAUCAGCAGGAGGAUGAAGAUGAUUUGAAGACCAUUGUUUCUGAACAAGAGUUGAAAGCACUAUGUGCACCAUCUGAAGAUUUUGAAGAAGAUGAGGAAGAUGAUGCUCUGAGCAUUGGCCAUAGAAGCGAGAUGGAGUCAAUCAGAAACACAAGCACCCCAGCAGUGCCAGAAAAACCUCACCAUGAGCUUGCCAUGGAUUUAACAAUGCAGCAUCUGAACAAAAAAGAUCAAGAAUUACAAGAAGAAUUAAAGAUACUUGAAUCUGACAUAGCAAGCCUUGAAAAACCUGGCCAAGCAGAACUGACAGAUAUGGAAGAAGCUAUUUUGAAACUUCUUCGCAUCAGGCAACAAAAGAUAAAAUUUAUACUCCUGAACCCAUUGAAAAUUAUCCCAGGAGUGGCUUCAGUCAGUUCUUCUAACAGUAUGGAGGGCAUAGUUCAGCUUGUGGAUGAGCUUGAACAUGCUACUAUAAACCAGCAAUUGUUCCCACAUGCACAGCGGCACAUUCCAGCACACUGGAAGAGGUUAGGAGCUGCAAUCAAGCAGACAAAAGGACCCUACCUCUACUGGGAUGAUGUGCAAGAUGUGGCUGACAGGUAUGAUGUCAAAGAAGCGGAGCUAAAGGAAUGUGUUCGAUUCAUGUGCGAUGUUGGUGAUAUCAUCUGGUAUGAAAAUGAUCCUGGUCUAUCUCAGAUUGUAUUUCAGAAACCAAAGCUGCUAACAGACAUGAUGUCUAGUCUUUACCGCCAUGAUAUGAGAGAGUUCCUUAAUUAUGAGAACAAAGUAUUUAUGUGCAAAGGUCGACUCAACAGAGAACAGUUUCAGGAAAGCGCAAACCACUUCCUCCUGACUGGAGAACUGGCACGACCACUGCUUAACAGUUUGUGGUUCCACCUCAAGCUGUCCAAUGAGGACACAGAAGAGAUGCUGGAGCUUCUGCCCAUGUUUGAAAUAUGCUACACCAUUCCUGAACCGGACAUUCCCACCAGUCCUAUUCAUAACCGCCCAGUGUUAGUUCUUCCAUGGUAUAACAGAGAUUGUGACCUGAGCCCACUCAAAGAAGUGUGGCCAGCCAACAGCCACAGCAAGGAAUUGGCUGUAGUAUUCACCUUCCCCUUCCAUUGUCCAUCUGCAAUUUUUUUAAACAUCUCUGCUCAGAUCCAUGACUUUCUUGAUGAAAGAAUGGACUGGCAAGAUCAUAUCUAUGCUUCAACUGAAUCUGAAAAACUCUUCCUCCAGCAGUCUCACAAAGAGGAUGCUACCGUUAUUACCAUAGUUGUACGAGGCCCAGAGUUUGCUGCAGUUCAAGAACUGAUGGAGGACAUGGUAGAUGUUGUCAACUCAGAAAUUGUAAAAUACCCAGGACUUUAUUGGAAAGUGAAAAUCCCAAUGGGAGCCAGCAGCUUACAGUUAGCCACACUGUCCGCAAGUGAUUAUGUUAAACUUAACAGUUCAGGCAGGAGAAUGAGCAGACCCUUGAAGCCUUUAUCUUCUAAAAACUAAAGUUAAAUUCUUGAGAUAGAUAUUGUUUAUACCAUGUUAAUAUUGAGUGCUAUAUGUUUCAAUCUAUAACAACUUUUUACCAUUUUUUUAAAUGAAUGAACUGUUUACAUAAUUUAUCUUAUGAAUGAAAGUUAAUCAAAAAUAUGAACUGUAAGAUAGUACCUUUGAAAAAAUAAAAGUCAGUGUGUGUAAUGACAUGUAUAGAAUGAGAUGAGGAUAGAGGAGAGUAGCAGGAAUAAAAGAUUUAAAAGGAA